AUGGAGGUCUCCUCGUUACUGGUUGACACAUACAAGCGAUACAAGAAAGGAAGCGCUAUAGUUGUUUCGUGGAUGGCGACAACGGCGGCGAAGUAUCAGAACAUCGACCAUCCCUUAGUCAAAGGUCCGCGACUCAAAGGAAAAGCACGCAUAGAUGCUCGCCAAGCGAAUGGCUCGAUACGCCAUGCCAUGAUCCCACUGAGCUCAUUCCAUGGUUUGGUAGCGAUCCUUUCCAAGGCGGGCAUCAAGAUGUCCCAGAACAUUGAGAUCAUUUUAUGGGAUGUGAUAAAGGCACGGAAAGAGUGCGCAGCAUUCUACAGAUACCAGCCUGAGAAGUCGAACGAGAACACCAAGACUGAUGAAGGGCAUCAGUACUUCAUUGAUAUCUUGCAGCACGCUUACAUCACACUCAAGCGCCCUGGUCACGACGCACGCCCGACCGCCACAGACUGCCAACCGCAGAUCUAUCGCGAAGAUCCUUCAAACAUCUUCGCAUAUCUCUUCGCAGAGGAGAUCGAAGAUGCAGAAGAUACAGUGCCUAUCUCGGGUGCAUCUUAUCUCCCCGUGCAAGCUACACGAUCCACGAAGUAUGUCAUCGAACAGUCGCCGGAGCAACGACAGCAAGAGAGGUCAUUCGCGGUGUUCUGCUUCCUGGAAGACCUCAUCGCCAUACGACUCUUCGUUCAUCGAAGUUGGCGUGAAUGGAAAGAGCGAAGGGUGACGCUGGCCACGGCAAGUGUCACGGCGAACGUCGCGAUCGAAAUCCUACGCCGCAUCAAUGAAGCCUUCCUCAUCGACUAUCCUGAUUUCAAUACACACAAUAAGGUGGUCGAAGCUCUGCUUUACCUUAACGACUGGACACAUACAGAUAAUCCUUCUAUUUCGAAAGACAUCUCGCGCUGCCAGACUGCUGAGGCAGAGCAAUCGCACAUGAAGCAUUGCCUAGAAGCAUUUAUCGCAAUGAUGCGCAUUGAGACCAUCGAAGGCAUAACAGUACAGCAACACGACUUGUUAAUCAAAGCUGUCAAAGCUGCAGAUUCUGAAGGACACGCGCCUUCAUGGGUUGUAUUCGCAUUUCAAGUGUUCAUCGACAUGCAUCGAGAGCUAGGAUCUGGAGUUCGUCGAGGUUACAAAAAGCUUCUCGAAACAAGUGACAGACUCCGCGCUGGACUUGAGGCUCACAUUGACUUCACGAAGUCGUAUUCUGACCGCGUAGGUCACCUCUGGUAUGACAGGUGCAAGUCUGAAGUUGAAAAUCUGCUUCAAGCAAUGGCGUCCGGUGCAGAGGUUUCUUUCUUUGAGAAUCAUCCUGCUGCAUGCGGCACCACGAUCGAGUCGUUUCUCACCCAGAUGCAUCUUUUCGGCAUCUUUUCGGCGGGUAAUCAAGAGCGUGUCAUGUUUUCGUGCCAUCUCUACAACGCGGGGCUCCAGCAGCAACUACUGUCGCCAUACUGCAAGUGGGCCGAUCUUGAAUACAUCAUAAAACAGCAGGGCGUUUCGAAGAUCUUCGUUGGAGAGCGGCCAACAGAUUUGGAAGACUGUUCUCAAAAUGCCACGAACAGGGGCCUCACUCCUCUCCAAACGCUUUCAAUAUACCAUGACGCCAUGAAGGCCGAUGAACUCGCUCCUGGCUUCGACACCAUGACUCUCGGCAUAAUCGCCAUGCAGAUUCUCCGCGUCGUAUCGAACACAAUAGAUCGAGCCAAUACAGUUGAGGCUGACAUUCUUCAUGAUUCUUACACGUGCUUUGCAGUAGACGCGUUUCUGUCAUCUUCAAUUCCACAGGACCCUUUCUAUGGAAUCGUUGGAACACAUCCCAAAGCUUGGUCACUCAUUCAGCAGAUCAUCGAGCGUGUAGCUUUGCCACGCAACCCGACACACGAGGCAGAAUUCGCGUCCACUGCUGCCAUCUUUGGAGGUCCGAACUCGCCUGAGAGCCCGAAAUGA